UGACGCACAGCAAAGAUGAACCACGGGGACCGUUACACCUCAUCCUCCUACCGGAAGAUCUUCGGGGAUUCUCCAAAGUUCCCCAUCUCAUCCUCGCGUAUGGGGGCCUCUUCUCCUCGGGCCUCCCCGGGGCUCAGGUCCAUGGCGGCGUCCCGCCACGGCGCGUCCUCUCUGGGCAUGUACCGGCGGGUCGGCCGGUCCGGCUCUUACUCCCCGGUGCCCACCGACUCACUCGACCUGACGCAGACAUCCGUGGUCAACAGUGAGUUCAAAGUCGUCAGGACCAACGAGAAGGAGCAGCUGCAGGGCCUGAACGACCGCUUCGCCAUGUUCAUCGACAAGGUCCGCCACCUGGAGCAGCAGAACAAGGGGCUGGAGAUGGAGCUGGUGACGCUGCGGCAGAGGCAGGGCGAGCCGUCCCGCGUCGCCCACCUCUACCAGCAGGAGCUGAGGGAUCUGCGGACUCAGGUGGAGGAGUUGAGCAGGGACAAGAACCGCAUCCUGAUUGAGAGGAACAACAUGGAGGACGAGCUGCAGAAGCUCAGUGUGAAGUGCGACGAGGAGAUGAGGGCACGCGAGGAAGCUGAGCAGACCCUGAGGUCCUUCAGGAAGGACGUGGACGACGCCACGGCCAUCCGCCUGGACCUGGAGCGCCGCUUGGAGUCGCUGAUGGACGAGAUUGCCUUCCUGAGGAAAGUGCACGACGAGGAGAUCCAGGAGCUGAGCAGCAUGAUGGAGGAGCAACACGUCUCCGUUGAGCUGGAGGUCGCCAAGCCAGACCUCACCUCGGCCCUGAAGGAGAUCCGCAGCCAGUACGAGUCCAUCGCUUCCAAAAACCUGCAGUCGGCCGAGGAGUGGUACAAGAGCAAGUUCGCCAGCCUCAGCGAGCAGGCCACCAGGACCAACGAGGCCAUGAGGGCCAGCAGGGAGGAGAUCAGCGAAUCCAGGAGGCAGCUGCAGUCCAAGACCAUCGAGAUAGAGAGCCUGAGGGGCGCCAAUGAGUCUCUGGAGAGGCAAAUCGCAGAGAUGGAGGACGCACACGCCGCUGAAACCACAGCCAUGCAGGACACUAUCGGCCACCUGGAUUCUGAGCUGAGGAACAUGAAGGGUGAGAUGGCCCAGCACCUGAGGGAGUACCAGGACCUGCUCAAUGUCAAGAUGGCGCUGGACAUUGAGAUCGCAGCCUACAGGAAACUGCUGGAGGGGGAGGAGACUCACUUUAACUCGGGGAUGUCGUUCGGUGCCGCCGGCUACGGGUACCAGCCAAAGGGCGCGGCCGGCUCCUCUCUGGGAAGCCAGAAGGAGAAAGACGGGGUCAAGAAGGAGAGCUUCAAGGAGAGCAGCGAGGACAAAGAUGAGGCCGACAUCAACUCCAACAACUGAAGGAAGAUAGACUGGGGAAUGUAGUCGUGCUGAGUGCGUAGAGCUGAACAUCCAGUCGUUUAGGGGUGAUAAUCAAUACGUUGCUUUUCCUGGUGAGUCCGUUUUUAAAAACGAGGAGUAUUACAAAAAUGUAAAUGUUCAACUCUAAACAAAGGAAUCUAACAUGAACAUUUGGACCAAAUGCACUGUGCAUAUCCAGAGGAAAUGGAUAGCGCUGAAAAAAAUUGAGAUAUUAAAUAUGCAACAAGAAUUUGUAAGUUGCGGUUUCAAGCGUCUAUUUUGCUGCUCAUUUUUGUUACAAAAAGAUUAUUAAAAAGAACCGAGACUCAAAGGUUAGCGUAGUUCCACAUCUCUGUUGUAUCUUUUCAUGUUGCACUGUUGAACUACAGUGUGAGUAGAAGUAUACUUAUUAUAGCGCCUCAGACCGUGCGGUGCAUUGAGUUUGAUUUCAUGUCAUUGCAAAAUGUAGAUGUGCUUUGAGUUGCUAACACAACAGAUGCAUUGUUCGGUGUUGGAAAAGUCUAAUUAAAAAGAAAUAGCGAUCAUGGUCUAUUCCCAUAAAGUAAAAAGCAUUAGCUGUGAAUAUUUAGAAAAGUUGUUUGUCCACCUAGCGGCACUGUCAAUGUGUACUACUGAAGAAAAUACAAUAAAACACUUUCUGUGGUUUCAGUUACAAUGAAGAAAAUUACAUGACAUUAUGCAAGGCAGCAUAUGCACAACUGGGGAGGACAUUUGUUAAAAAGGAGACGAAAUGGAAACAAUCCAGUAGAAAUAAUAUUAAAAAAACUAGACCUUAUGGCUAAAAUGCUUUUGGUUGUUUUAAAGCUGGCAUUCUUUUUAAUUAAUCAAUCUAGUUUAAAGUUUCUCUAACUCACACGAGAGGGAUGUGAAACGCUCAUCAACAUCUCAAAAGAUGAUAAACCUUGAACCUUGAA